GCCCCGGCCUCGGCUCCGGCUCCCUCCCGCCCGACAGCCUCCAAGCCUUCCCCAGCCUCGGCAGCCCUCGCAAGUCGCCCAGCAUCCAGUGUGACAGCCUGGAGUGUCCUUGCUGCUGCUGCUGCUGCUGCUGCAGGAGCGUGGGGUCGGUCGGCGUCUGCGAGGACAGCCUGCAGGCCCCUCCCACUGUGUGUAACGGCCGAGGGUGCUUCGGGGCGCACCACAGCAAGCCCCGGGCAUCCAGUGACCUCUCCGACAGCCUGGAGUCCUUCGGUGUCCAGCACGACAGCCUCCAGUCACUCUCCAGCCUGCGUGAGAGCUUCAGGUCCUCCAGCAUAAAGGGUGAUAGCCUUGAAUCGCUGUCCAGCCUGAGCAACGGGUCCACCAGCCAGCACAGUGGCCUCGAGUUUACCAGCCAGUGAGACUGCCUUCACCUCCCCAUACAAGGUACUAGCCUCUGGUUUACUUCCAGCUACUGCGUGAGCUUCCAGGUUUCUGCCCUUCGUUCAGCAGGCUACGUUGUUCCAGUUGAUUUUUGCUGCAUCCGGUGCAAUAACCUCAAAUACUGUCCGUGGCUGCCGUUCCCUAGUUACGUACUUCAGAGAGGCAGUGCUCAUUAUUACCUGCAGUGUUAACGCUGAUUUUCUUGUCAUCGGUUAAGAAUGGAGGUACGUGGUCCUCGGAGGAAUCCCAGCUACCUCUCUGAUCUCUAUCAGAACAUGUUACAGGCUGAAGCAGCACUGGGACGAGAGCAGCAGCAGCCCCCAGCAGUCCAUACAAAUAGCAGCAUGACUCUUCAGAGCAGUACUCCAGCCAAGUCGGGCCCCCAGCCAAAUAAGCUUCAGAGCAGCACUUCCUCCAGCUGUGACCCGGCGUUACGGCCUAUCAUACGCCGCCGAACGAGAUCUUUGCCUACAUCACCCGAAAGAAGGAAGCAGGCAGCAGUGCAGUGUCAAGUUCCUGGAUGGCAGAGUCGUAUGAACCGGGUGAGAUUUGCUGAUGCUUUGGGCUUGGAGCUGACUGAAGUGAAAGUCUUCCAGACUGGGGAGGAUCCAUCGAUCCCCUUGCAUGUCCUUUCCAGGCUCUCCAUAAACUCAGACCUUUGGUACAGCAGCUCGGACUUGGAGUUUACCAUGCAGUGCUUGGUCCCUGACUUCCAGCAGCCUGCAGACUGUAUGGAUUUCUCCUCCCGACUUCAGGAGCAGCAGGUGUGUCUUGAACGAGUGAGCAGCUCAGAUUUGGGGCUCAGUGGCAGCAUCCAGGUUUGCAAUGUUGCUUUUGAGAAGCAGGUAUCUGUGCGAUACACGUUCAACCAGUGGAAAAGCCUCCAUGAAGUGUGUGCUCAUUGGCACAGUAGCAUCCCUGAGAAAAACGGGCAGGAUCAGGUUGAUGUUUUCACUUUCUUUCUCCCUGUGCCUCCUUUUCUCCUUCAGCUGUGCUCUGUAGUCCAGUUUGCAGCAAGGUACCAAGUCAAUGGCCGGGAGUAUUGGGAUAACAACAGAGGCAAAAACUACAGUCUCACCUGCCGGACUCACCCCCUUAAGAUGCCUAGAGAAUGUGAGGAGAGCUGGAUCCACUUCAUCUGAAUGAAGAAAGUGGAUGCAGAGCAGUUUGUCAGCAGUCUCGGUGGCACUCUCUUCCUUGGCAUGGCUCUCUGCUCCUGUGGCAACAGUCUCCUUUUUGAAACCUGCCAAACCUGGCGAAGUGUUCCAGGGCAGGGAAGUAGCCAAUGACCCGUACAAACUGUUCUAAACCUCUUGGAAAUAAAAAAGGGCAGAAAUGUGUAUUGAGUUACAUCCAUUGGAAGCCCGAGUGAUUUGUAGUGUAUAAGUCAGUGCAGAAUGGUUCCAAGGGAUGCUGUCAGACUACCAGAGCGCAAAACAAGACACUUCAUGUUGCUAGUAAUAUUCUAGGUUGCAUAGAAUAUUUCUAACUGAUCUAUUUUACCAUUUAGUACUGUCUGUUUUCUAAAUGGGCAGUGUGGCUUUACUGGUUUUGUUUCUAAUUAUCUCACCGAGUCUGGGCACUAUUCCAUUUAUGCGUAAUUUGGAUGGCAGACACUGUAGGGAAGUACUUGUAUUUAUAUAUAUAUAUUAUUAAGACUGUAACCAUGUUGAAUAUUUCCAUUAAUAUUUGGGUUGGAAAUUAAAUGUUAUUACGAGCAAAAC